CACAAAGCAGUUCGGGCCACGUCGCAUUCGCCAUAGUUCUUCAAACGUGUAAACACACAUACCGGCGACUGACAGAUAUUCCCCUAAAAUGAAUAUUUUCAGGUUAAUCGGGGAUAUGUCCCAUUUAUUGGCAAUAGUAAUAUUGCUGAUCAAGAUGUGGAAAACUCGUUCCGUAGCAGGAAUAUCAGGAAAGAGUCAGAUUUUGUUUGCCUUAGUAUUCACCACGAGAUACCUAGAUUUAUUUACAUCAUUUGUGUCAAUCUAUAACACGUGUAUGAAGGUUUUCUUCAUCGCUGCUUCCUACUUCACUUUGUUCCUGAUGUUCCACAAGUUCAAGGCCACAUAUGACAGUAACCACGAUACUUUCCGUGUGGAGUUCCUGAUCGUACCAGUUGGAGGUCUAGCCUUCCUUGUCAAUCAUGAGUUUGCUCCCUUGGAGAUCUUGUGGACCUUCUCCAUCUACCUGGAAUCUGUGGCCAUCCUUCCCCAGCUGUUCAUGGUCAGUAAGACCGGCGAAGCGGAGACCAUCACCAGCCACUACCUGUUCGCCCUGGGCUCGUACCGGGCUCUCUACCUCCUAAACUGGAUUUACAGAUACUAUUUUGAAGGAUUCUUUGACCUUAUUGCUGUAGUAGCUGGGGUUGUGCAGACCAUAUUAUAUUGUGAUUUCUUCUACUUGUAUAUAACUAAGGGAAAGGGCUCACUUCUGUUUACAAAUAAUGAGAUCGUAUUCAAGGACUCCGCGCCCCUGUUGGAUGUGUAGAUCAGUGCUGAAAGGAAAGAAGAUAUCAUUACCAGCUUAAUGAACUAGUAUGGGCUCUGGGUAUAAACUAUUUCUAUGUUGGUCAUCGUACAGGAAGCAAGAAGCAGGACAUUUUGAGAGAGAAGUCAAUGCCAAGUCAUCAGAAAUAACUCAAAUGUCCGGCCAUUAUUCAGGUUACAAAAAUUAUGAUAAGAAGACAUAUUGGCAUUUUCUGCAUUAAAAGCAUAGUAUGUGUAUUGCAUAGUUAUCAUACAUCAUUAAUAUAUGUACAUGUAUGAAAGUGUUGGUUAAAUGGGUUCAGUCGGUGUAUGUUUGUUAUUUUUGUACAAAAGUAAAACUAGUGAGGUCAAAAUUCAAUAAAAAUGUCAAAAAAUUCUAGAUUGAUUUUGGGAAAUAUGAGAUAAUUUGCCAUUUAAAAGCUAGUCAUAAGGUGCUUAUCUCGAUGUUGUCACUAUUAUUCUUUUCCAAAACCUCUAAAGAGCAGCAAUGAAAGAGAAAAGAACUUUAAUAUUCUUAUCAUAUUUGAAAAAGGUGAAGGUUAUUUUUU